UUGAUGGCCUGCCGCCUCUGCUACGGAGCUGCCUGCCGCCUCUGCCUCUUUUCAUCUUUUUCCCCUUUGGCACCUUUCGCCUUUGCUGCUUUGACACAUCCUUCCCGCAUCGGCAUCACGAAAGCCCGAAUCACCAGUUACUUCGCCGCCGGCCGGCGCCUCCAUCCUCCUCCUCCCCUUUGCCUUUGCUUGUUCGCUUGCGCCGUGCUUUUACUGUGUCGCACUCGCAGGCGCAGCGCAGCUCAUCCUGGUCGUCGUCAUCCUCGCGGAGCGCUGACCGCCUCCGCUGCCGCCGCUGACAUUUGUCUCCCCCAGCCAAAGAGGACCGUUGCUGCUGGAUCGCCGUUUAUCUACAGCACUACCGUUGCUCCCUCCCUCCCUCUGUUCUCAGGGUCUCUUUGCUCUGCCUCUGUCCGUAUUGGUCUCACGAUCUUGGAGAGCUCACGGCCGUUUCUUCAGGCCCAGCGAAGGUUCCAUCUCGCACUUACUCUGACAAAUUCUUGAGCCCCAUCGGUUGCACUUGCACCAUCAGGAGAUGGCCGAGGUGAAGCCGGAGGACAUGGUCCAUCACAUGCCCAUGGACCAGCUCCAGGGCUUCGAGUACUGCAUCGACUCCAAUCCUUCCUGGGGGGAAGGGAUUGCUUUGGGUUUCCAGCACUACAUACUGUCUCUGGGCACUGCUGUCAUGAUCCCCACAAUGCUGGUUCCGCUCAUGGGUGGAAACGAUCAUGAUAAGGCCAAGGUGGUUCAAACUCUGCUGUUUGUCACUGGGAUCAAGACGCUGCUCCAGACGCUAUUUGGCACUCGCCUUCCUACAAUCAUGGGAGGUUCAUAUGCAUAUGUGGUUCCAGUCCUCUCCAUAAUCCGCGACCCCUCGAUCGCACAAAUAGCUGAUGGCCAUACUAGAUUUCUUCAGACUAUGAGAGCCAUACAAGGUUCGCUGAUUGUAUCCUCAAGCAUUCAAAUAAUUCUUGGAUAUAGCCAGUUGUGGGCAAUAUGUUCUAGGUUCUUUAGCCCACUUGGGAUGGUUCCCGUCAUUGCAUUGGUGGGGCUUGGCCUUUUUGAGAGAGGAUUCCCAGUGGUUGGGAAAUGUGUGGAGAUUGGUCUUCCAAUGCUCAUCCUAUUUGUUGCGCUUUCCCAGUAUCUGAAGCACGUGAAUGUUCGGCACGUUCCUGUGUUGGAGAGGUUCUCAAUGCUGAUGUGCAUCGCUCUUGUCUGGGUAUAUGCCCACAUCCUCACAGCAAGUGGUGCAUACAAGCACACGGCACUUGUCACCCAGAUCAACUGCCGAACAGACCUUGCCAAUCUCAUAUCUUCAUCACAAUGGAUAAGCAUUCCGUAUCCAUUACAAUGGGGCGCACCAACAUUCAGUGCAGACCAUGCUUUCGGUAUGAUGGCUGCUGUGGUGGUCUCUUUAAUCGAGACAACAGGAGCAUUCAAAGCUGCUGCCCGGUUGGCUAGUGCGACACCCCCACCAGCAUAUGUCCUGAGCAGAGGCAUUGGGUGGCAGGGCAUUGGCACCCUACUAGAUGGCCUAUUUGGCACUGGAACUGGUUCUACUGUUUCUGUUGAGAAUGUCGGACUCCUUGGAUCAACAAGAGUCGGUAGCAGAAGAGUGAUACAAAUUUCUGCAGGUUUCAUGAUCUUCUUCUCCAUGCUAGGUAAAUUUGGAGCACUUUUUGCCUCCAUUCCCUUCACAAUAUUUGCUGCCAUUUACUGUGUUAUGUUUGGAAUUGUCGCUGCCGUGGGGCUCUCCUUUAUGCAGUUCACCAACAUGAACUCAAUGCGCAACCUCUUCAUCAUUGGUGUUUCACUCUUCCUUGGUUUAUCUAUACCAGAGUACUUCUCUCGGUAUUCCACGAGUUCUCGACAGGGCCCAGCGCACACAAAGGCUGGAUGGUUCAAUGACUACAUCAACACCAUCUUCUCAUCACCGCCAACCGUAGCCCUCUUCGUGGCGGUACUCCUUGACAACACACUCGACGUCAGAGACGCGGCAAGGGACAGAGGAAUGCCAUGGUGGGCACGAUUCAGGACGUUCCGAGGCGACAGUAGGAACGAAGAGUUCUACACGCUGCCUUUCAACCUCAACAGAUUCUUCCCCCCAUCAUGAGGCAAACCGCGCGCUGAAGUCAAGAUACUGCAAAGCCAAGGUCUCAACUGAUGGGCAAGCGCCUAACAGUCAGAAGUGCGUUCCCACAGAGAGUAGAACAAGAGAAAAAGUUGGACAAAGGAGGAGCUAACUCCCUGCCGGCCGUCGGUUGUACAUAAACCGUUUCAUUUCUAGCAUCGAUCAACGAUUUGGAACCAGAAUGUGGAAUUUUAGAGAUGCACGUUGUCACCUGUUUCUGUUUUUAGGAUUACAUAGGAGAAUAUGGUUUAUGCUGCGGAUAUACUGUCUUUGGCGGUGCCUUUUUUUUCCCCUCUCUCUAGAGGAAAACGCAGGCUUCAUUAGUAGUAAUCCAUGUAUGGAAAUUUGGUUACAGUUUG